AUGCUCAAAGGACCUGCUCUUAGUCAUAUUGAAGCCAGUUGCCCCUGCCUUCAUACCUGCAUAAUCGAGGUACCCUUGAACAUACCACUGCUGCGAACUUACGGUUCCCAUGUCUCUGAAACUUCUAGUCUGGAGGUGAGCCUUUUAGGUGAUGACUUGUUCACUGAGAAGCAGGUUUCAACUGGUUCGGAUGAGCCCACAAAGGAAUACGUCAAAGCGGAACAAGACUCUCAGCUACCAUCAACGGUGGCCGCCGAUUCCAUCGUUGAUGUGUAUCGAGUCAAGUACAUGCCUUCAAAAGUUGGCAAAUCUUUCGGAAGGUAA